AUGGAACGUCGACUCCAGCCCGCCAUCAACAACGGAAGUCCUGUGCGAGAUAGUGAUCCUUCACCGCCAAGUCACCUGACGGAUGAUCUGCACCUGGUGCUCUUCAACGAGGGUGGCGAGGUCCUGUUGAACGAUCUGACAACCAUAUUUCAGAAGGUUUUGAACCGAAACAGAAUACCAGUCAAACGGAGCUCCUGGACCAUAAUCCCAGUCUUUAAAAAUGGCGCAAGACGUCAUGCGGAAACCGCUGGCGCCAAUUUGGUAUCCGUCGCAUCUAAGGUGCCCUGUGGCAUUAUUCUGCAUAGGUUGUCAGAAAUCCUAUCAGAAACCAACUACAAUCUUCAGCCUGAGGUACGUCGCUCUAGUCAGGCCGUUGGAACUCCUGCCGUCAUGGUAGCCAGUUCGUCCAGCGUCUCUCUAAAUUCCCAGUGGCGCGCACCCCCAAAUAAACCUUCCUGCUCCACUCCUGAAACGUGGAACAAUGAAAAGAUCAUUAUGGGCAAGAUCGAAUCCGAAACGUUCAACUUCAAGUUGCUUUUCGUUUACCGGUUCCUAUGGAACAAUUCAACUGCCGACCAGUUUACCCAUCUCUACAAACCGCACACUGUUCAUGUCCCAGCCAGUACUCACCACUUGGUCACCUUUGAUAUGCAUAUAUUUUAUAUGCAUAUGCGAGAUCUACAUUUGGUGAAAUUCAGUUUUGUGGAUAGAUCGGUCGCCCCUGGUGUCUCAUCCAGUGGUCAAAUUAUCUUCGUCCGGUGGUCUCAAACAAGGUCGAAUUCAGCCCAGGUGAAAGGUAGUGCAGAUGUAGGCUUACGGAGCGUGUUGUCGGGAUUCGAAUUUAAUAAAAUAUGGACCACUGCAACCAGUCGAAUGGGCCUUGCCAUACUAUGCAGUGAGAUAGAUGGCGUUUCCCAGCCGAGGAGAAAGAAUAGCAAUGUAACGCACCUCAAAAGCGAUGCGUUCAUCAAGAAUAUGACAGAGCAGUUGGUGGGGCCUCAGCGUCCAUGCCCUAAUGAUUUCAAACCAUGGAAAAUUGGUCAGGUUUUGAACAAGGGUUUGGCGAAUGUGAAGAGCCCCAAUGUCACAUCAUAUUCGUGUCAGCUCUAA